AUGGCAGACGAGAAACGUGAUAAGCAGCCGGUGAAAGGCUCCAGUUCGAAGACUUUGGUUCUUCUAUUGGCUUCGCUCUUUUUAGCGGGUUUUGGGUAUUUGCUCCAUAACCAGAAUUACGACAUCGAACAAGUCAAAUCGUUGGUUGACCAGCAUUUCAGUAAUACGUUUGGAACUUCCAUUGGAAAAUUGGUAGUUGAAGAAGAAAAUGAUGAUGAUGAGAUUGAUUUUGACUCUGUAUGCUUGAAGACAGAGCCAAUUAGCCCAUCCGGUGAGAGCUCCAUAGAGAAGAUUUUGAACGAUGCUGAGUAUAAGAAAUUAGCUAUUGAAAAGCUAUCCGGUGCCUUGCAAAUUCCUACUGAGAUUCAAGACGUCAACCCUAGACCAAAGGAUAAUAUUGAAUAUUAUUCGGAGUUCUUUAAAUUUCACAAAUAUUUGGAAGAACAGUAUCCAUUGGUUCAUAAACAUUUAAAGAAGGAAUUGGUUAACGAGGUUGGAUUGGUUUAUACCUGGGCUGGUUCCAACGCGGAUUUGAAACCUGUUAUGUUCACUGCACACCAAGAUGUUGUGCCAGUGAACCGUGACACUUGGGGUGCUUGGAAGUUCCCUCCGUUCAGUGGACAUUACGAUGAGAAGACUGAUACCAUUUGGGGUAGAGGUGCAAUUGAUUGUAAGAAUCUCUUGCUAGGUGAAUUGGCUGCCAUUGAACAUUUAUUAUCCGAGGGUUUCGUACCGGAAAGAGGUGUUGUAUUGUCCUACGGAUUUGAUGAAGAAAGUUCUGGUGUGCUUGGUGCUAAGUACUUGUCUGAAUUCCUACACGACCGCUACGGUGAUAAUGGUAUCUACGCACUGGUUGAUGAGGGAAACACUGUUCUUCCACUAUCAGGCAACGUGUUCGUUGCUGCUCCUGUUACCGCUGAAAAGGGUUACGUCGAUCUUAAAAUCACCGUCCACGGGCACGGUGGUCAUUCUUCUAUGCCUGCAGACCAUACCACUAUCGGUAUUGCUUCAGAUCUUAUCACUUUAUUGGAAGCUAAUCCAUUCCCAUAUCAUUUGACUGAAGACAAUCCAGUUUACGGAUUCUUGACUUGCGCUGCUAAACACGAUACGAGAAUUCCUCCAAAAAUUAAGAAGGCCAUCGUCGAGGCUCCAAAAUCUGAAAAGCAAAAAAACCUUGUGUUCAGAUGGCUAAAUGUUGUAAAACCAUUGAGAGAUUUGUUCAGAACUUCUCAGGCGGUUGAUAUCAUCAACGGUGGUAUCAAAGCAAAUGCUUUACCAGAAGUUACGUCAUUCUUAGUUAAUCACAGAAUUGACGUUACUUCCUCAGUCAAACAAACCAUCGACAAGGACUUGGCACAUGCUGAUCAAGUUGCAAAGAAAUACAACUUGGGUUUGGUUCGUGAUGGUGAAGUUUUGAUCGAAAAGACUAAGGACGGUUACAUCGAAAUUGUUUCUGAAAAAUCGUUGGAACCUGCGCCAUCUUCUCCAACUAAGAAUUCCUCUGUCUGGGAUCUCUUCACUGGUACCAUUCAAGAUGUUUUUGGCACUCACAUCCUCUCUAAGAAGAAUGCAGAUCUUUUCGUCACUACUUCAAUGACUACUGGUAAUACCGACACCAAAUAUUAUUGGGCUUUGACUAAAAACAUUUACAGAUUCUUCCCAAUGAUCGUCGAUCCAAAGGUUAUCAGUAUAAUUCAUUCUGUCAACGAACACGUUGAAGUUUCUAAUCAUUUGUCUAUCAUUGCGUUCUUCUACGAGUACAUCUUGAACAUCAACGAAUAUGCUAGUAACGAUGUUUAG